GUGACUGUUGGAAUUGCUGCUGUAGAGGAUGUCUUACCGAGUUUCAUGGCAUUCUCACAAAGCGGUGGUGCCAUCGGUCUGGCCCUUGAUCGAAUGCACGCUGAAGGCAUAACCAACGGGUUCGACUUCAGGUUUAUUGUAAACUACACCGAAUGCAGCUCCGAGAAAGCUGUUGGAGUAGCCUUGGAGUAUAUGGUGAAGCAAAAUGUCGACCUCGUCAUUGGGCCUCCUUGCCCGUCUUGUUAG